AUGCCGCCGCGCCCAAGAAGCAAUGGACCCACGCUGCCUAAGCAGCUGCGUGAGGAGCUAGGACUGACAGAUAUUUACGGCGCGAAAAAAAUGAAGCAAAAUGGCCCGGCGUCGCGCAAAGAGCGCCGCAAAGCUGAGAGGAGGGAAAAGAAAGCUGCACGGAGACCGAUAAAUAACAGAAGUUCCAGAGAAGACGACGAUGAUGACGAUGACGACGAUGAUGAUAUCGAAGAGCAGAUUGAUUCCGAUAUCAGCUCCGACGAAGAAGAGAGCGAGUCUACAAAAACUACAAAAAAACCAAAAUCAAUUCUGAAGAAGCCGAAACCUACGGCCGCUGAUGAAGGCUCCGAACCCAAGCCAGCUCGCCAGAUUCCGAAAUCUGUCCAGGAGAAACUAGCAGAGGAUGAUGCCGAGAUCGCAGCCCUGGAGAGAAAGCUUGGAAUCAGAGGCCGCAAGAAGCUGCCCAAAAUAUUCGAGAAAGAAGGUCUAGCCGAGCUUUUAGGUGAUCUAGAUGCAGAUUCGGAAGAGGAGAGCAGAAAACGAAAGAGAGAAAACGAUGAAUGGCUCCAGAGGAAGAGGAGAAAGGCACAAGGCCUGCCGUCGGAGGAUGAAGAGGAAAGUGAAGAGGAGCUUGGGAGCGAAGACGACAUUUUGGACGAGAGCGAGGGAGAUGACAUGGACGAUAUUGACGAGGACCUCGACGUUGACGUCGAUGGCGAAGACGACGAGUUUGCUGGUUUCGACGAUGAGGAUGAGGGUGACGAGGAAGAGGAAGUAGACGAGGAGGAGGAAGGAGAAGAAGAAGAGGAUGAGGAUGAGGAUGAGGAAAAGCAAGAAAAGAAAAGUCCACCCAAAAAAAGUCCGCGAGAAUCCCUACGUUCCUCCCGUGGGCUGCUAAACAAGCUGUCCGAGUCGAAUCUCAUCUCGAUCCUCGGGGAAGUUGAGAAACUCUACCGCGAAUACCCACGACAGAGCGUCACGUCGACCUUGACAACACUGUUACUUGGUCUCAUCUGCGACCGAACUGCCUUGCAGGAUACGUUCAUCAUCCUUCACGCUGGUUUCAUCGCGGCGAUAUACAAGAUCAUCGGCAUGGAUUUUGGUGCCGAGUUCAUCCAGAGACUGGUGGAGACUUUUGACAAGAACGGCGAUGAGAGAGGUUCUUUCGAAGGAAAAGAGCCUAUCAAUCUGAUGUCGCUGCUGUCUCAACUGUACAAUUUGCACGUCAUUGGGAGCAAUCUGGUUUUUGACUAUAUUCGUCUGUUCCUCCAAGAGAUCACCGAGACGAAUACCGAGUAUCUCCUUAAGAUCAUCAGAAAUUCCGGACCCCAACUGAGACAGGACGAUCCUUCUGCAUUGAAGGAUAUUGUUCUCCUAAUCCAGCCUGCUGUGGCACGAGUCGGAGAAGAAGCGCUGUCUGUCCGCACCAAGUUCAUGAUCGAAACCAUAACUGACCUGAAGAACAACCGCAUGAAGACGGGAGUUGCGGCGUCGAGCCUUGCGUCGGAACAUCUAACGAAAAUGCGCAAGAUUCUCGGCUCCCUCAACAAUCGCAACGUCCGCGCCACCGAGCCGAUCAGGAUUUCACGGUCGGAUAUCCACAACGCUGAGAAGAAAGGGAAAUGGUGGCUAGUAGGCGCAAGUUGGAAGGAUGAUCCUUUGGAAGCAGCGCGUCAGGAGCUGUCCGCUGCUGGCCUUCCUUCAGCUCCUGUAGCUGCCCCUACGAUCGAAGAUAGCGACGGUGAACCGGACCUGGUCAACAUCGCCAAGGCCCACCGUAUGAACACUGACGUGCGACGGGCCAUCUUUGUCGCGAUUAUGUCCGCCACUGACUAUCGCGACGCGCACGUUCGGCUGCUGAAGCUGCACCUCAAACGCAAUCAGGAGUAUGAAAUCCCUCGCGUCCUGGUCCACUGCGCCAUGGAAGAAGACGCCUACAACCCGUACUACACGCUGAUCGCGCGCCGGGUGUGCAGCGAGGGGGGCCGACGGCUCAGGAAGUCCUUCGAGUUCACGCUGUGGGACGUCUUCAAGCGCAUGGGCGAACGGGGCGACCUAGACGACGAUGACGACAGCGACGCCUUCAACGGCUUCGACGAGGACGACGAGGACGGCAACAACCAGAAGCUAACGACCAAGUCUAUCGUCAACCUCGCCAAGAUGUAUGCCAGUCUCGUCGCGGACGGGACCCUGACGCUCUCCAUUCUCAAGAACCUGAACUUCGCAUACCUGCAGCCGAAAACGAGCACGUUCAUCGAGGUCCUCAUCAUCACCAUCUUCCAACAAACGCAGGCGAAAGGCAAAUCGAAACAAAAGAAGAAAGAGAAGAAGAAGAAGAAAGAGAAGGAAGAAAACACAGAUGAUGAGGACAGAGACGAAAAACCCAUCGCAAGAAUUUUUGAUCGGACGCACGACGCCGCGCCGCAGAUCGUGAAAGGUCUGAUCUACUUCCUCCGCAAGGUCGUGGCCAAGACGGACAUUGUCUCGUCGGCAAAGGACCGGAAACUCGUCAAGUGGGGGUGUCGGGUGGCUCUUGAUGCUUUGAGGGAUGGCUCCGCGUAA